AUGAGCUUAAAUAUAAAAAAGCCAAAAUCUAUCAAGUUUAGAUAUUUUACCAUAUCCGCUAUUCUAACAAUUAUCCUAGCCUUAAAUUCUCUAGCGGUUUGGUGCCUCAAGUCCAGUAAACCCUCCAAAGCAAUUAAUUCCGUACCAAAGUGUCCCAAAUCUAAGAAAAGACCAAUAAAAGAGCAUGAAAAAAUACAAUGGAUUUUGCAUGAUGAUGCAUACAGAAACCACUCUGUGGAAGUUUUUUCCAAGUCAAUCCAAGUUGAUACAACUGUCUACGAUGAUGUGGAAGACUAUUCCAAAUUUGCCAAUUUUCAUAAAUAUUUGGAAGAAAAUUUCCCUUUAGUUUAUGAAAAGGCAAUUGUCCAUACCAUCAAUGAGUGGGGGUUAGUUUUUGAGUUUAAAGGAAGUAAUUCAAGUUUGAAACCGAUAAUGUUGAAUGCACAUCAAGAUACCGUCCCCAUAGGUACAAUUGAGAAUUGGAAUAUCGAUCCGUGGGGAGGUUAUUAUGAUGGGGAGAAGAUAUUCGGCCGUGGUUCAUCUGAUUGUAAGAAUCUACUAGUUGGGUUAAUGGAGGCAAUGGAGCUGAGGAUAUCCGAUGGCAAGAGUGAUUUCCAAAGAGGUGUUCUAUUUGCUUUUGGAUUUGACGAAGAGAAAUCGGGCUUCAAUGGAGCACGUAAGAUUGGUGAGUAUCUUGUCGAUUAUUUGGGAAAAGAUUCGGUCUAUCUGAUAAUGGAUGAAGGUAUGACAAUGAUGUCGGAGAUGUUUGGUGGUCAUUAUGGCUUGAUAAUGACGGGUGAGAAGGGAUACCAUGAUUUAAAAGUAAGUAUCGUCACCCCUGGAGGGCACUCUUCAUUACCAAGAAAGCACACAUCAAUUGGUAUGAUGUCUUUUUUUCUCUCUAAUUAUGAAUUUGAAGGUUAUACUCCAGUUCUCACCGAGGAAAAUCCCAUUUUCAGAACCUAUGAAUGUAUGGCUGAACAAGACAAUGAAGUUGAUAAGUCUAUCCGAUCUAUUAUAUUAAAUGCAAGAGCAGAUUUGGAAGCAAGAAGUGAGCUACUAAAAUUGAUCAAUGAGAAUCCGCUAUUCAGGUAUACUGUAGAGACAUCGCAAGCAAUAGAUGUUAUACAUGGCGGAGACAAGGUAAACUCAAUACCAAGAAAUGUGACAGCCUUAAUCAACCAUCGAAUUACAUAUGGCAAUUCACCUGAGACUGUCAUUGACAAGGCACGGAGAUUUGCAAUCAAAACCGCCAGGCUUUUCGAUAUUGGAUUAACAAUCAAAAGUGAAGUUAUUUUUCCAGAAACUUCCAAUGGUCAAAUGCUAAUUGAAUCAUACAAAGAGGAAUUAGAAACUGCAAAAGUGACCCCUGAUUAUGGGGAAGUUUGGGAUAGUGUGACGGGUAACAUGAGAUCAUUCUAUGAAGAUGAAGUUUAUCCGGAGAAGUUUACCCAAGGCCAGGCAAAGUACAUUAUUGCGCCAUCUUUGAUGACACCCAAUACAGAUACUAGACAUUACUGGGAUUUGUCAGAUAACAUAUUCAAAGUUACACCUGGCACCUUACGGAGGGGAGAGACACUGGUAGCCCAUGCUGCUGAUGAAUGGGUGCGUUUAGAUGACCAUUUACAGGUUGUUGGAUUUUUCUAUAAUUUUUUGAGUGACGUUUGUCAAUAG